AAUCAACCAGUCAGCAUCCCAAAAACACAAGAAGCGCUGGCGAUCUUCAAUGAAAUCCCCGCUUUGCUUCCGCCCUCCAAACUGACUUCGUCUCCGCGCAAACUUCCAGCAGACGUCCAGCAUGAGCGGAGACAAACACCAUGGAUGUGCCACAUGAGGCGGAGCAGACAAACUGAAGCCACCGCUCAAAGUUUGCCUAAAGAGACCCACUGUCACACUGACUAAACAAACGCACAACUUUACGCGUGUUUUCCUGCUUCCCUAAUACUUUUUACGCGCCGCCUGGUCUGUUGGGAUUGCUUUGGAUUUCCGCGGUGUUUCUUUUAUAUGUUCAGCCGGGGAGACGUGUAGUUUUUUCGGGGUGGUCCGCUAUAAGGAAGGUGACAUGCAGGUUCUCGGUUGGACCAUAGUUCUCCUGUGCCAGUGGAUCCUACGGAAGGUCCAAGGGUUGGAGAAGCAGGUGGAGUUCUCAGACCUGGGCCCAGUGGGUUCGGUGAUGAAGACUCUUCCAUACGGCAUGGGUGGAGGCCCUGUGGGAGGGACAGGAGGAGGAGUGGUUAAGCCUCCGUACCAAACGCGUAUCUUCUCCACCUCCAUCGACCAGACACCCAUGAAAUCCAAGCCACCCACCUACAGUUUCUUUAACCCAUACGACUCGGCCCGGAACCAGUCCCUGCUUCUAGACCAGACAGGAUACCGCUCCAAGCGCAAGCCCUCACUAAAGACAUCCAUAAAGACCAAGAAGAUCUUUGGCUGGGGAGACUUCUACUUCAACGUCAAGACCAUGAAGUUCAGCCUGUUGGUGACAGGGAAGAUUGUGGACCACAUCAAUGGGACGUUCACCGUUUACUUCCGCCACAACUCUUCCAGCCUGGGGAACGUGUCGGUCAGCAUCGUGCCGCCGACCAAAGUGGUGGAGUUUGAGGUCCUCCAGCAGCCGCCGCUGCACCCCCGCACUCAGCAGGACGUCCAGAUCCACGAGACCCAACAGUCCACCAUUGACCCCAAAGAGACAAAGGCCUUUAACUGUCGGGUGGAGUACGAGCAAACCAACAGAUCCAAGAAGCCCAAACCCUGCCUGUACGAUCCUUCUCAGACCUGCUUCACAGAGCACACCCAGUCCCACGCUGCCUGGCUCUGUGCCAAACCCUUCAAGGUGAUCUGCAUCUUCAUCUCUUUCUUCAGCAUCGACUACAAGCUGGUUCAAAAAGUGUGUCCGGACUACAACUUCCAAAGUGAGCACCCUUACUUUGGAUAAGUAAGUGAGACUGAACUGCGAAGAGAAUAAAAAAAGAGACAAUGUUAAUGACGACGACGAUGAUUCUAAUGAUAAUGAUGGAAAUCAUAGUCAUAUUGAUUACAGUGACGAAGCAGGGGACAGUUUUUUGCCUCUAAACUGCUGUGAAUUAUGGAUUUAAAUCAAGUAUAAUCAGAGUUAUGGAUGGUUAGGAUAUAUGACUGAUUUCUCUGACUUAUUUUCCAACUUUGUAUUUGUUAACUUCUGUUUUUAUUUGCUUUUUUUCUGUAAAUAAUGUACUCAACCUCAGCACACUUAUUGUUUUUAGAUAUUUGUUUCUCAGUGUUAUUACUUUUUGCAGUUGGAGAAUUCGGUUGAAAACAGCUGGAGUCAGUAUUAUGCCCUCCGAGUACAAAGAGAGCCUCUGAGGCGGCUGUGCUGUGCCAUCACUGUAUGGCAGACGUAAUGUUAUGGUAGACUGACUGUUAAUCAUCCUCUCAGCUCUACGUUUCCCUGGAUAUAAGAGAGUUAUAUGUAUGAGAAAUGCUAUGCUGGAUAUGCAUACAAUAUACUGUAUGAAAAAGCACAUUAAAAUCUCUUAAACUGUCCGUCUUUUACUGGGUGAAUGUUUUCCUUCAGAGCUACAAGCUGCUCAGCAUAUUCAUGUUAUCUAACACAGCGAGGACACCAUUAUGAGUUUAGUUACAUUUCACUCUGAUUGGGAAUUCAUGCCCAAGCUUUCUGUGAAGAUAUGUAAUUUUAAUUUUCUGAAACGUAUUGAAGGGAAGGAUUGAAUUUUAACAUGAAAACCAACCGUGAAACAUUCUUAAGAUGGUGAUAAUGUUUGACUCCUUUUGAGAGAGUUGGUAUGUACAAUAAUUGAAUCCGAGGGAGGUAUCUGAUAUAAUUUUUAAUUGAAUUUACUCUGGGACUGAAAAGAAAAAUAACUAUUGUGUUGUUUGAUUGUUCAAGCAAAGAAAGUAUUGCAUAUUUGAGCAAGCAUUCAUUAGUUGCACCUAAACCUCCAGGUGGCUUUCUCACAGUUUAUUGACUGCUGGUGCCACUGUUAUAAUCUCAGCUACCUAAUAACAUUCACUUAAUCUUUGCUUUCUUUGUUAAAAAUACAAGCUUAUGGGAAAUGAAGCAGGAUCAAGAUAUUGAGAGAAAUUCAUACAUCUAGAU